AUGUUCAACAGUCAGGUCCAGGCCGAUUCUAAAUUGGCCUUCAAAGGUAAGUGCGUAGGCGUUGACCCGCACAACGUCCGCAACGGGGGUAUCGUGCAGCUCCGCCCUUGUGAAGAACAAGGCAAUCACAACAACUGGUAUUUUGAUGGUUAUGGAGGCCCUGGAAAGUUGCCUAUCCAAGCAGACCGGAGUCUGUGCCUUGACGUGAAAGACCACAGCUUCCAUAACGGACAGGUGCUGCAGCUCUGGAAGUGUGAGGACUGGAACGAUGAUCAGAAAUUGUCCAUCCACAAAUCAGAUCAUGACUACCGGCUGCAGUGGCAUAAUCAUCCUCAUUACUAUGUUGAUGUCAAGGACGGCAGCAAUGAUUUGUGGAACCAGGUACAGAUCUGGAAGCGCGGGCCGAACCAGCACUUCUACGACGACUGA